AAAAAGUUGUAUUUUGCGUCUUUCUAAAAUUCCAUUUCUAGCUAGUGUACGCACACCCACACUGUGGCAUCGUACCGUCGCGAUUUCUCAUCGUCCUGCAAGCAUUAGAUCGUUCCGCUCAAUACCAUCGUCCUCCUCCUUGUGGCUGAAUCGAUGUUUUUCGUGUAGUAUACAAGGAACUUCAACUUUCUUUCACCCUCGUCCACCAGUGCAAUUGCAUGUAUUGUUACUCUUUUUUUCAGUCAUCUGGGAGUACGUAGAACGGUCGUGUUUACUGAUUUUUCGCUACUUUGUUCGUCCUCUCAUCUUGUUGUGUUUUUGGAGAAAUCACUUUGCGUUUCCCUUAAGACGACAAACGUACACAAAGGAUUUGCAAUUGUCGCUACCCAAAUCAUUUUCACAGGCACAUUUCGUGAUCCAAAGAAAUACUCACACUCAAGCCAAGAGCCCCCAGAACUAGAAGUUUUAGGUUUUCUCCUUUGUCAGCUUGAGAAUACGAUCUCGAGCGAGAGCCAGAUGAAGGGCGGUUCCUUUGAACCUCCUCGGAAGCAGCUACGAAACACUAGUUCCCGCUGGAGCCGCCAGGCCAAAGACGUUCUGCUCUUCUUGGCCGCCACCGGAGGACAGACGAAGUGUGGCAGCGGCCUUUUCUGUAGUUGCGCAGCCCUCGACCGACGUGCUGCAGGGGCGGGUCCUGAACUACAUUUGCAAAGCGACAGGUGGAAGACAACACAACUCUUGCGGGGUGAGAAUUAUAUCGAUACGGAUGAACCACAAAAAAUUGAACUCACCGCGGUUCUUCAUCUUCACGAUGACCAAGAUGCAGCUAGCGCAGCACCUACGCCGGAGGAACAACGAGAAGUUCUUUUUGCCCCUUCUGUGGUUUCAGCGACGGAGAACUCCAUUGUGACGUCCAUCGCCGACCUGCACGGCGAUUACGAGAACACAGUCCGUGCGUUGAAGCUCGCAAACCUUGUGGACGACAACCUGGAUUGGGCGGCGGGGAACCAAACCUUUGUGCAAACCGGGGACAUUGUCGAUCGGGGAAACCACGCACGGGAGAUCUACGACCUGCUAUUCAAACUGCAGGACCAAGCGGCCCUGGCCGGCGGGAAGGUGAUUUUACUGAUCGGGAACCAUGAGCAGAUGCGCCUGGAGGGCGAUGACCGUUACGUUGGGCCGGAAGAGACUUCCUGGGUUGAGGACUUGGAAUUUCAUGAUCUACUUCCGGAAAAAAUGGAAGAUGGAAAUCUUUACGAUGGUGACGUGCAUAACUCCCACUCAGAGUUCGUAUCCCUCCGCACGACCACUACACCCAGUACCCCGACCGAAAUCGCUUCGGAGGCGUGGGGCUCCGGCACGGCUAGAAACGGCAAAAAGUACAAUACUCCAGGCUGGAUCCACACGGAAAUCAACAAACGCUUCCAGACCAUGGCGGUGGUGGGAAACAGCCUCUACCUGCACGCGAGCAUGCACCCUUCUCAAUUAGAAGGCCUUAAAGGAUUCGCAGCGGGGUUUUUGGCCUCGACCGAAGAGGGCGAAGUUCGAUUUGGAAAUUAUAGCGGGGUUUUUACGCCGCACCAGAAACGAGCCCUGCUGUUAGAAUUGUUAUUUGACUGGCACCGUGCCAAUGUGUUCGACGCCAUUCAAAGCCCAGAACAACAAUCCCCUUCUGGGCGGUUAUCGGAAUCCGAAUGGACAGCGCAGUACGAUUUUUUUUGCGGAGACGAUUCUGUUUUCUGGGACCGGGACUACGACGCCGAAUGCGGUGCGAUAGAGGACAUUUUGUCGUUUUUCCACGUAAAACGCAUCAUCUCCGGGCACACGGCGCAGGAAGACGGACGGAUCACUACGACUUGCAAGGGCAGAAAAAUUCUCGCCGACACGGCUAUUUCCGAGGCGUAUCGCGAGGACUACCCGGAGGGGAGAGUGUCGGCUUUGCAGGUAGUGGUUGACGCUAAAACGGGGCUGGAGCAAGUGAAGGCGUUAUACCUGGAUGAAAAAGAACAAGGCGUGAAGGUGGAAGUUUUGCCGACGUGAAAUGAUGUGAGAGCAAGUAGAUUUUUGCGUUCGCGCUCAGAAUCAGAUUCAAGAAUGCAAAGCCAUUUCUGAUGCUUUUGAGUUUUGUUUCCGUUUCUCUACAACAUGACAUGAUGUUUGAGUUGGAAUUAGGAAUACCAAGAAUAUCAUGUCUCCUCUCAUGAUAAUUAU